UGUACAGGCAUACAUCGCAGAGAGUCCACCUGGAUGAAGCGCAGCGAUAAUAAAACGGAACGUUGCACAAAAUGUAGGUCCGCUUGUCGCGUGGGCCUCGUUUGUAUCACCAAUUUUACAGCAUGAGUUGUAUGAUGGCUUGGGUCCUAGCACUCGCCGCACUUGCUGGUUCGGUUGUAGUCUGCCAGGCGGAGCACCCGAACCAUCGCCCGCAGCCCCUGCCCUUCUGCGCGGACAUCCUUGGGGCAUUACCGCAUGAGCAGCAGCAGCAAGUGCGUGACAUUCACCAGGAAUGGAUCAUGUUCAGGCGGAUCGAGACAGACAUGCAAGCGCUGCUUGCAAACGUCAGAAACCCACCCAAGGAGUUGGAGCAUCAGCAUGCCUGGAAAACGAGCAUGAAUGAGAGCGAGGUGAACGCCCGCUUCAUGACCUCCCAGAUGAAGCGGCAGGCGCUGGAGGAGAAGAUGAAGGCCCUGGUGACGCAGCUGCGGGCGGCGGGGCAGUUGGCAGCCAACACCGCCGUGCAGGAGCUGGUGCAAUGCAGCUCCGGCCACCUGAACCCGGCACUGUAUCCGGACCGGCCGCACCUCAGCCUCAUGCUGCAGUACUGGCGGCGGCCGGCAGUCAUCCCGUACAUGGAGAGCCUGAUCGAGGCCUGCAACAAGCAGGUGCCCUCGGAGCUGGUGGUGAACAUGGACGACGUGGACUCACCGGCAGAUGCGGAGGCGUGGGCGGAGCUGGCUUGGCGUAGCCAGGGCCUGGUGGUGCCGGUGCUCAGCUCUAACGUGCACGAAGCGCGCGCCAUCAACCGCAUGGCUGGCGUGGCGCGCGGCCGCGUCCUGGUGCUGCUGCAGGAUGACGAUACGCUGCAACCAGCGGACUGCUCGUGGGCGCCUGCACUGCUGAAGCAAUUUGAGGCCAUGCCCAAGCUAGGCAUGGUGGGCCUGAAGGGAUAUCGCCGCGGGGCCACUGCAGGCAACAAGGAGCGCUGGUCUGACACGUUCCGGUUGUUCAGCGACCCCGGCACUGGCGCCUUCUUCACCUACCCGCUGCACGUCGACUACGCGCCGCUGGCGUUCCGGCGCUCGGCGCUGCGCAACGUGGGCGGCGUGGACGAGGGCAUGAGCGACCGGGGCGAGUGCGGCAUCGUGGGAGACUGGGAGAUGUCAGUGCGGAUGUGGGCGGCUGGCUGGCAUGUGGGCUUCAUGCCGCUGCUGGGGCGGGGGCGCAUUGACAAGGAGGAGGGCUCCACGCACCGGCCUGACUUCGUCCGGCGCUGCUGGGGCCGUCAACUGGACCUGGGCCGCCGCGUCUACAACUCCCGCUGGGGCACCGGCUUCAACGCGGGUAUAGGCCAGUUCCUGGAAACGCUGGAAAAUAAAAUCCGUAUCCUAAAUCUCAAGACGCUAACCAAGAACUACACCGACUGCCCCUUCCGCAAGGGCUGCGACGACCUGGUCGGCAACCCCGCGCUGCCGGCGGCCCAGGCGGAGGAAUUUCGCAGCGUGGGGGCGCCCAUGGUGGACGCCUGAGCAACUUCCGCUGCGUUUGGCUGGCCCAACUUCUGACAAUCGCGUCUUGCCAUCGCUUCGGUUGGGAGGAACGCUGGAGGGAACACCCAACGGCGGGUAAUGUUCUGGGUUGGAUUGUCGCAUCGGUAAACGAGGCACCCCAUCCUCAUUGAUUGGUCUGUAAAGAUAUGGGGCCUAUAGGGGGCGGCGGGCGGCUCCUGUCCAGCGGCGGUAGGCAUGGAGCAGAGGCGCUGGCAAUGGAGGCCGUGUGUAGGAGGGCGCGGGGCCGCCCAUACAGCGAUGUAUCACGGCAUGGCAUGGCACGGGUGCAGCAUAUGGUAGGCAGCAGCAUACCGGUAGGUGCUGUACGGUUUUGUGCAUACCGUACGGUAUCCCAAACAGUCCUGAAGAGAGCGGGCUGAUGCCGAACCCCUCUCCCCAUGACUGCAUAGGCGGCAGUUUUGACACGAAUUGGAGGGCAAAGCGGUCGUGGACACGUCGUGGUGGCUACGUGACGGCUGUUGGAGUGUGUUGGAAAGGCAAACAAGCAACAAGCGCGCGUCCGUUGGAGCGUGUGUUGGCUAUGCUGUGACUGGGGGCUUUGCUCGGCGGCUGGACAAAGCGGUCGCAACCCACCUGGGAAUGAACUGACCCUAGCUCUGCCUAGCGUGUGAACUUGCCGCUGACACUAACUGCUUUCGUGAUGUUUGUUGCUAGCCUGGAGCUCACGACGGCGUCUUGCAUUCGCAUUCACUAGCAAGCACUUCGCUAACCUGUGUUGGCGGGCUUCUGGUCUUAGAAGCUGUGGUGUGAGGCUGUGGGCUCAACCAGGCUCAGCCCACCAUCCCGAACCAGGUAGCCGUCCAUGAAAACCAGGGGAGUAGCACAAUCCACUCCUCAACCAGCAGCUUAUGGGAUCCUGCCUAGCAGCGGUAGCAAUGGAGCAGAGGCUACAGAGGCGCCGGCAAUGCCAUGUGUAGGAGGGCGUGGGGCCGAUCCCCCCGCGUGUCGAAACAUGUUGGGGUAACGAUACGAUUAGCACAUAUCUGAGUGAGGCGAUGAGGAAGCCGCUGCUUAGCAUCAAACUCUUGGCAGAUCGGCGCCACUUUCUCCUGCUACUGCUUGACCUGGCUGUCGGAUAUGCUAUGCUUGAAGUGCGGCGGCUGGAAGUUAUCGGUGGCUGGGUAGCCGCCUAACCGGGUGCCAGUGUAGUGUGAGCUGGUAGGCCCGGCUCGAAAGCUACCUGACUGUAGUGGCACACAUGGGCAGUUGGCGCUAGUCGGCAGGCGCGCGAGUGGGAGCUGGCAACGAAGUGCUUGCUAGUUGAGCGCACACGCGUGUGGAAAGCUGCGACAGAGUACGGCCGAGCAUGGCGGAGACUGGCCGUUGGCGCGGCGCGUGAGUGGCAGUGCAUAGUCGUGCACGCGCCGUUUGGGAAGCUGCGCGUGAGCUGCCUGUGAAGUGUGAACUCAGAGAGACGCAUGGGGCUGACCCUGUUUCCAUGAGCUGCCCCUGGGCGUACACGGUUUCACACGGUUGACAGUGGGACCUGCCUAAAGAAGCCGCGGUGCGAGGCGGGACUUGCUGUAAUGCACGACAGUCGCUAGGGGGCACGCGAGGGCGCGCGCCUGCAUGCUUGGCCAGACGUUCGAAACCUUGCCUGAAGCAGGCAUAAUCGAGUACAUCAAGCACGUCCAUAUCAUCAAUCCAUGUUUAGACUGAAAAGCAAUGGCACGGAAAACGUACAUACCAUGCUCAUCAUACCUAUACCCA